AUGGAGCGGUAUGCAAGAAACUUUCUCAAAAAAGGAUUCCCGAGUAUUGCAGCACUACGACCAGACGAUCUGUUUCUUCAUCUUGACGCCGAUGAGAUCCUGUCCCGUGAUGCAAUAGCCUUUCUCAAAUUCCAUGACGGGUACCCUGAGCCCUUUGGCUUUGUUCUUAGGUGGUCUGUGUACGGAUAUUUCUGGAAAAUGAACCGUGUUUGGACAGUGCAGUCCGCAGGGUGUUCGGUAGGCAUGCUCCGCCAAGUUUUUGACAACCAACCUGGUACGCUGCGAAAAGGAUUAGGCGAGGUAAAAAAGAGUAAGGUAUCAGAAUACAAGAAAGGAGGAAAAGAUGUAUUGGUAUGGCAACUUGGGGAACAGGGUAAAUUUGCCGGAUGGCAUUGUUCAUGGUGCUUCGAUAUAAAUGGCAUCAAAACGAAGUUGACAUCUGCCUUGAGUGGGGAUGGAGAGCGUUUUGGUGAUGAUCCGAAAAAGCAGAAAUUAGACUUCCUUCGUACCUUAGUGAGAGAGGGACGCUGGUUUGAUGGCAAUUAUCUGGAGCCAAAAGGCAUGAAGAUGGCCUCUCCCGCUACCGACAAGUUUUUCGCACCUAAUUUUAUAUUAUCAAAUAAGGAGAGGUUUAAACAUCUUAUCACAAACUAUCUUUUGGAUGAAAACGAAAAAAAUACAUAA